AAGCUGAGAUUUGUGAUUACAUCGUUAGUUUGAGUGUCGCUCAAAAUCCUCAUUUAGAUAUUAAUAGAUUUUUAAGUUGGAUUACAGAAGAUUUUGAUGCUUUGAAAUAUUUUACCCGAGAUAUUUUGAAAAAAGAUUAUAAGGACAUUGAAACCCGUUUGUCAUCCACUGCAUUGCCACACUUGUAA